AUGGCUCCUCUAAUUCUUAUGAGUAAACCACAGCGGCGAACAGGGAUCUGCAUCGUCGUCCUGCAGCCUACUGCAGCCUGUCUAACCAGGUCACCUGCGGCAACACGUGUAACCACUCUCACUGUCACCCUCUGCUGUGCUGGGAGAUUAUUCAUUGGCGACCUCUCCAAAGGUACCGCAGAGCGCUACAAAGUCACAGACUAUGAGAGAUUCCUAACCCAGUUGUGA